AUGUUUACAGUGCUAACGAUAGUUUCGGGAGUAGUCAUCUUCACUCUGAAUUGUGUGAUGUGUCUUGACAAUGGGUUGGCUAGAACACCACCAAUGGGAUGGAACUCAUGGCUAGCAUUUGGAUGUCAGUUGGAUUGCCAGAAAUAUCCAAAUAACUGUCUUAAUGAGAAUGCAAUCAAACGAACAGCUGAUAAACUGGUGUCGGAUGGUUGGCGAGAUUUGGGUUAUAAAUAUGUAAUACUCGAUGAUUGUUGGCUAGCCGGACAACGUGAUCCGAAGACCAAUGGUAUUAUGGCAGAUCCUUCAAGAUUUCCGAGCGGUAUGAAAGGCCUUGGACAAUAUUUGCAUUCGAAAAAUCUACUGUUUGGAGUAACUAUUGGUUAUGGAACUCGGACUUGUUCAGGUUAUCCAGGUAGUAUAAACUUUCUCGAAUUGGAUGCAAAGACUAUGGCUGACUGGGAAGUGGAUUACGUGAAGAUGAACUCGUGUAACAGCCCUGAUCACAUGAUGCCUGAUGGUUUUGAAAAAUUCUCCCGACUACUUAAUGCAACUGGAAGACCUGUGGUGUUCUUGUGUACUUAUCCUCUAUAUAAUUCAUGGUAUGCAAACCCUAAAUCGAUUGACUGGAAGCGACUACAGAACAACUGCAAUCUAGUUCGUGCUCUGCCCAAUUCACAAAGAAGUUGGGAAUCUGUAUUCAGUAUUAUAGAUGGAUAUAGACUACGCAACGAUGUUCUACCGAAAAUAGCUGGUCCAGGAAUUUACAACGAUCCCGAUAUGUUAGUUUUGGGAAACAACGGACUUUCGAAUGAUCAAAAGCGAGUUCAUAUGGGCAUGUCGUGUAUGUUUGCUGCUCCACUAGUGAUCUCAGCUGACAUGGAUAAGGUGGAUCAAUUCAGUGCAUCUCUGUUACGCAAUAAACAUUUGUUGGCGAUAGAUCAGGAUAGAGGUGGACAUCAGGCGGAAUUCGUCAAAUCACGAAAUGAUGUACAGUUGUGGAUACGAAAAUUAGAUGACUGUCCAAUCGGUUGGGCAAUCGCUUGCAUCUACACGAAGGUUGAUGGAGGACCAAUUACCUUCAGCACAAAUCUUGAUGAAUUCAAAUCACAGAUGUAUUCAAUAUCGGGAGAUAAGUUCGAAUUGCUGGAUGUAUUCACUGGUGAUAGAUUCAAAGAUGUUGGAUUGACAGAGAACUUUACAAUUUCAAUCAAUCCAUCUGGAAUUAUGAUGUUCCGAGUAAAUCCAUUCAAAUUGGUGUAUUCUAACCAAUAA